CGUAAACUUGUCAGUGACGAUAAAAUUAGUUUUAAAUUUAAAUUAAAUAACAUUUAACGGGUUAGUUAGGUUGUGAUUUAGUAACAUGGAAGGUUUUGAUGAUCCUGGUGUAUUUUUCUCUGAUAAUUUUGGUGUAGAAGAAAACGAAUCUCAAGAUCAUGUUAAUUUACAAGCAGUCAAAAAGAAAUUCAAAGAAUUCAUGAGACAGUUUCAUACUGGAAACUUCAAUUACAAAUACAGAGAUGCCCUCAAACGCAACUAUAACCUAAACCAAUAUUGGGUCGAGAUAAAUAUUGAAGAUUUGUCUAGUUUUGAUGACGUUCUUGCUGAAAAAUUAUACAAGAAACCAACUGAACAUUUGCCUAUACUAGAAGAAGCUGCUAAAGAGUUAGCUGAUGAGUUGACUGCACCGAGACCAGAAGGUGAGGAGAAAGUUGAGGAUAUUCAAGUGCUUUUGUCAUCAGAUGCACAUUCAUCAAAUUUGAGGGAGCUUAAAUCAGAAACUGUAUCAAGACUAGUGAAGAUUCCUGGUAUUGUAAUAUCAGCAUCCGGUAUUAAAGCAAAAGCCACAAAAAUAUCCAUACAAUGUCGCUCAUGCCGCAAUGUUAUUCCCAAUCUUCCUGUGAAGCCAGGUCUGGAAGGAUAUGUCAUGCCAAGAAAAUGCAAUACAGAACAAUCUGGACGUCCUAAAUGUCCUUUAGAUCCAUAUUUCAUUAUUCCCGACAAAUGCAAAUGUAUCGAUUAUCAGGUGUUGAAACUUCAAGAAGCACCAGAAAGUAUUCCACAAGGAGAAAUGCCAAGGCAUUUGACUGUAUACUGUGAUCGUACAUUAUGCGAACGUGUUGCACCAGGCGCACGAGUCACGGUUUUGGGGAUUUAUUCUAUAAAAAAGAUAGCAAAAGUAGGGCGCGAGGGUCGCGACAAAGGCUCCGUAGGCGUCCGGUCAUCGUACCUACGAGCCGUAGGGCUCACCGCAGAGGAAGGUGUCACUAGCGGCCUGAGACCCUUUACUGCAGAAGAAGAAGAGCAAUUCAGAAGACUCGCUGCCUCUCCAGACAUUUAUGAAAGGAUCGGAAAGUCCAUUGCUCCAAGUGUUUUUGGUGCUGUUGAUAUGAAGAAAGCUAUCGCUUGUCUGCUUUUUGGAGGAUCUAGAAAACGCCUACCGGAUGGCCUGACUCGUAGAGGAGAUAUAAAUAUACUUUUACUUGGAGACCCUGGUACUGCCAAAUCUCAAUUGCUAAAAUUUGUGGAGAAGGUUGCCCCAAUUGGCGUUUAUACCUCAGGAAAAGGUUCGAGUGCAGCAGGUCUCACCGCUUCAGUCAUUAGAGAUCCUGGAAGCCGUAACUUCGUAAUGGAGGGAGGGGCUAUGGUUUUGGCCGACGGUGGUGUUGUUUGUAUAGACGAAUUUGAUAAGAUGAGAGAAGAUGAUCGCGUCGCCAUACACGAGGCAAUGGAACAACAAACUAUUUCUAUUGCUAAGGCGGGUAUCACCACUACGUUAAAUUCUCGUUGCUCUGUCCUGGCGGCCGCCAACUCUGUAUUCGGACGAUGGGACGAUACUAAAGCUGAUGAUAACAUUGAUUUCAUGCCAACAAUUUUGUCCAGAUUCGACAUGAUUUUUAUAGUCAAAGAUGAACAUGAUCAGAAUAGAGAUAUAACGCUCGCGAAGCACAUAAUCAGCGUGCACAUGGGCGGAGAGAGCAGCGAGCGUGCGGCGGCGGCGGGCGAGCUGCCGCUGACGACGCUGCGUCGGUACAGCGCGUACUGCCGCGCGCGCUGCGGGCCCCGCCUGGCGCCGCCCGCCGCCGCCCGCCUGCAGGCGCGCUACGUGCUCAUGCGGACCGGCGCGCUGCAACACGAGCGACAAGCCGACAAGCGCCUCUCCAUACCCAUCACUGUCAGGCAAUUGGAAGCCAUAGUUCGUAUAUCAGAAUCUCUCGCUAAGAUGCAGCUACAACCGUUUGCGACUGAAGCUCACGUAAAUGAAGCACUUCGACUGUUCCAAGUGUCCACGCUAGAUGCGGCUAUGACUGGUAGUUUGGCAGGAGCUGAAGGUUUUACAACAGAAGAAGAUCACGAAAUGCUGACUCGCGUCGAGAAACAAUUAAAGCGCAGGUUCGCUGUGGGCUCUCAGGUUUCUGAACAGACAAUCAUUCAAGACUUCUUGCGACAAAAAUAUCCAGAACGAGCCAUUCUUAAAGUAAUACAUAUGAUGAUACGACGAGGGGAGCUUCAGCAUAGAUUACAGCGAAAAAUGUUGUAUAGACUCUCAUAAGCUUAAAAUAUACAAAAAUAAAAUUUCUUCAGUUUUUUGAAAUAAA